UUGGAAUCUAAAGGAGGAAGGAAAAGGCCUUAGCCACUCAGAAGUAAGGACAGAAGCACACAUACAGACUCCAGUUGCUUUUUUCUAAGAUACCAAAAUACCUCACUACGUAGGUUGAUUUGCAAUUUUUUGAAGUCAUGUGACACAACCAUGCUACUUAAAAAGCAGUGUGUGCGGUUUGAAUGACUUAAGGCCAAAGCUUGUUUUCCUUUCAUAACUGUGGAUUUCUGUAGUCUGUUUUUGACUACCCAGACUUUGGUUCAUACAUACAUAGCAACUGAAGAAGGUGACAAGUAUUUAGAAGGAAGGCAAAGACUAAAGCUACUUUUGAAACAGAAGCUUUUCAUCCAGAAGUUAAUUAAGUCACCUUUGGACUAGGAUUCACUGGGGAAAACUUACAGACAGUUUUCAGGAGUAGAGCAGUCUGUAGCUGAGAUCUUCCUCAUAAAAUGGUCUUGCACAACAUGAGCUGGGUCCAAUACCCGAGCCAAGAGCUCCUGGAGAUCGAAGGUAUCAUCUGGUCACAACACGUCAUCUCCAGGUUUAUGCACGUCUACUUCGCACUGUUUGUCCCCACGAGCCUGCUGGCCGGCGCCUUCAGUCUGGUGGCGCUGGGGAGGAGGCGCGCUGUGCUGGCCACGCUGGAUCUGUGCGUCUUAGACUCGGUGGUCACCAGCCUCGCCGUGACCCUGUUCUCAUUCACGACCAUUGCCAGGCCAGACUACAUAGUGACCAGCCACCUGAGCUGUGGGGUCCUCUCUUUCUUCUUCAACGUUUGUUACUUCAACGCUCAGUACCUUCAGAUCGCCAUGCUCUUUGCCUUCCUGUUCCAGGACUACUUGCCGUGGGUGAGGCGGCUGAAGCUGCCCGCGGGGCCGCUAGCGCGCCUCAGCCUGGUCCUCGUGUGCGCUGUGGGCGGCUCUCUGGGAGGGACGAUGCUGCUGGGCACAGCCGGCUCCUUCCUGGAGAGCGCGCCGUGCCAGGUGGACCCGCUGAGCGCCUGGCCCGAAUAUGAGAUCGUCAAGUUCAGCCUGGGCUUCGGGGCGGCGCUGGUCAUAGAGGCGGCUUUCUUUCUCCUGCUGGUCGGGAAGCUAGUGCGGGGGCACCGUCCUCGGCAGAAAAGCAGCCAGUCCGCUUACCCCCUCGUGCUGGCCAGCACCCUGAGCAUGUUUGCCUGCCGCCUCUUCUACAACAUGAUGCUCCUCAACCGGGCUCGGCUCAAACUACAGAGGGAUAACGGUUCUCCCCGAGAUGAGCUUGUCAUGAACAUUGCAGAGCUGGUGCUGUUCGCCGAGAGCUGCGCCAGCAACCUGGCCGUUCUCUUUCUUCAUCAGCCCUGUAAGGCAGCCCUGGCUGAAGACCUCCGCAAUCUAAGCGGACGGUGCCGAAGGGAAGAGGAGGCCCCUGGCGGCGUGGCCCUGUGACCAGGGAGCUGGCGCGUAUCCCCAUCCCUGCCUGUUGAAGACGGGCAGGAUGGCAAGGGAGGCGCCGCUCGGCCAGGAAGAGGGGCUCCCUCCCUCUGCUUGAACUCCAAAUUUGCACAGUAGGAUCACCCGGGCAAGAGACUGCAGGGAUUUUUUACUCACUGCUAGAUUCUAGACCAUCCACAAAUAGUUGCAAAUGCCAAAAAGUGCCUCCAUCGAAGUCCAGAAUGGUACUGGAAGGUAGCCUGCCUUUUUAAGCUCUCUCAGCAGUUAGAACUGGCGCCAAGCUACCUGAACACAUUCACAAUGACCGGUUCAAUAAAUGCAAGCCAGAAUAUGUUUAUAGAUUUAAGGAAUAUUUCACCUUAUUCAGUUUGUUUUGUUAGGUUUUAAAAUAUUCGAUUAAUUGAAAGUGAAUAUGGAAACAACAGAGAGGAAGAGCACAUAUUAUUGCUACAGCAGAUUCUGGCUCUUAAGAGUAGCUAAGGGUGGCUCAGUGAAUUGAGAACCAGGCCUCAGACACUUCCCAGCUGUGUGACCCUGGGCAAGUCACUUGACCCCCAUUACCUAACUCUUACUGCUCUUCUGCCUUAGAACCAAUAUACAGUAUUGAUUCUAAGACCAAAGGAAAGGACAUGAGAGAGAGAGAGAGAGCCAGAUAAACCUGGCUAAUGUCCUACUAAGAAUAAAAUAAGGUUCCUACUCACCCCCAAUACUAUAAUAAACAGAAGCUUUAAAAUUAUCACAUACAUUUAAAGGUGCUUUUAUGGGGCAGCUGGGUGGCUCAGUGGAUUGAGAGCCAGGCCUAGAGAUGGGAGGUCCUGGGUUCAAAUCUGACCUCAGACACUUCCCAGCUGUGUGACCCUGGGCAAGUCAUUUGACCCCCAUUGCCUAGCCCUUACCACUCUUCUGCCUUGGAACCAAUAUACAGUAUUGACUCUAAGACUGAAGGUAAGGGUUUAAAAAUAAAAGGGCUUUUAUGGUACUGAUUUAGUGAUAACAAUGAGACAAUGUUCUGUUUGUUCCAGAAUGCUAUAGUAGAAAGAACAGUUGGUUAGGAUAUAGGAUACUAAGGUUCUAGUUCUAAAACUCAGGCUGUGAUUUUGUAAAGGUUGCUUUUUGGUUUAUUUUCUGUAACAAAUACUCUACCUAUUUAACCUAUCUUACAGAUUACAGCAAAGAUCAAAUGAGAGCAUAAGUACAGAAGUGCUUUGGGAUAUAUAUAUAUACAUAUAUAUAUAUAUAUAAAGCAGGAUAUACAAAUGCGAAUUUAUUUAUUAUAAAUAUUUCAAGAUUAGUCUGGUCUUGGGGAGGAAAACUAAGGAAAUUAAUUUCCCUUAGUAUUGCCUAAACUUUACUGUAUUCCAUUACUGUUAUUACUUGUAAAUCCAAGAAUAAUUCUCUCUGCCAAUGGUUUGACAUGUGAAAUAGGCAUCAAGAUAAUUUCUCUUAAGUCAAAGAAUGUGAGCUCAUCUGCCAAGUGAGUUUCAUAAGGCAUGAAUUAAAAAUAUAUAUUAAAAAAUUCUACUCUGCUUCAUUCAUUCCU